UUCGCUUCCAGACUCGUUCCUUGUGUCUCUACUUCCGUUUCCAGCUUUAUCAUUUAUCAACAACAGACACCAACACAACACUCCGUAGAUGCUCAAACAUGGUGGUCCGAACGGUGAAUUCAAUUUCACUUUUCCGCUCCACCACGCCACCGUCACAGCUGCCGUUAACCGCCUUCCGCCGCUACCACCAAAUUCGAGCUUUCAACUACCUCCACUUCUCCCGUUUUCCGGUUUCUAAACCGACGCUGUUCAGUUAUCGUAACCUAAAAACCGGUGGCUGUCGGAGCUAUUCCGUUCAAAGUUUCGUCGAUUCCGUUAUUGAAGAGUUUGAAGCGUUACGCCGCCGGAGAAUUCGCGCCAGUAACAAAUCAGUUCUAACAAGCAACAAGGAGCUUGUUGAUGAUAAAUUGAGGAAGCAAGUACUGCAGAAAGGAUUGCUGCUAGAGUUUAAAAAAGAUUCUGAGAGAAUCUUGCUUGCUGUAGCUCAGAAACCUGAUGGAAGAAGGAAUUGGAUAGUCUCAGAUCAGAAUGGUGUUACAACUUCCAUUAAACCUCAGCAAAUCACUUAUAUAGUUCCAGGGGUUGAUAAUUUCAACACCACAGAGAUAUCAGACUUCAAUCAGAGAGCUCAGAAUAACUUGGAUCCCACGCUUCUAGAAUUUGCGUGGCUUGAGCUUCUUGAAGGGAACAAGUCGGUAACUGUUGAAGAAUUGGCUGAGAUGAUCUUUGGCAGUGCGGAUCCUCUCGAAUGCUAUUGUGCACAUCUAUUACUAUCAAGAGAUGAGGUUUACUUCACAAGGCUUGAUAGCAAAGGCUCUUCUUCUGUUUAUGGUCCUCGUCCAACUGUUCAGGUAGAAGAAAUUAAGCGAAGAGUGAUUGCCAAGGAGGCAGCUGAUAAGGAUUUGGAAGAGUUUGUACAGUUGUUAAGAUCUGCAAAAGCAAUGCCUCCACGUGGCAAACCGUCUAAAUGUUCCUGGAAAGCUGAAGAUAAAAUUUGGCACAAAAUUGAAUCUCUGGAGGCUUUUGCUAUAGAUGCUUGUAAAGAUGAUGUGCAAAAGAAUACUGCUGGAGUGAUUCUGAAGGCGAUGGGGUUAUCAAAGACAGCUGGUUCAGCAGUUAAUCUUCUCACAGAUAUUGGGUAUUUCCCAGUACAUGUCAAUCUUGAUCUCCUGAAGUUCAACAUACGUACCAGUUAUCCAGAUCAUAUUUUGUCAGCUGCUGAAAAUAUUCUGCAAGAAUCGCAUGAUCCAGACAAGGACGAUAGGAUAGAUCUGACACAUCUGAAGGUAUAUGCAAUUGAUGUGGAUGAAGCAGAUGAGCUUGAUGAUGCAUUAAGUGCAACAAAGCUGCAUGAUGGGCGUAUUAAAGUUUGGAUACAUGUUGCUGAUCCAGCUAGCUUUGUUAAGCCAGGCAGCCUGAUAGACAGAGAAGCAUUGCAAAGAGGAACAUCUGUUUUCUUACCAACUGCCACUUAUCCGAUGUUCCCUGAGAAACUUGCCAUGCAAGGCAUGAGCUUGAAGCAAGGAACAAUUUGCAGGGCGGUUACAGUUUCAGUUGUAUUGCAUUCUGAUGGCAGCAUUGCGGAAUAUUCAGUGAAUAAUUCAAUUAUUAAACCAACUUAUAUGUUAACAUACGAGAGUGCAUCUGAGCUUCUUAAUCUGAAUUUGGAAGAAGAGUUGGAACUGAGGAUUCUUGCCGAGGCCGCACGUCUUCGGCUUCAGUGGCGACGUGGACAGGGUGCGAUUGAGACCGGAUCAUUAGAACCUAGAAUAAAGGUGGAAAAUCCAGACGAUCCAGAACCGUCAAUUAGGUUAUACGUUGAAGACCAAACAGAUCCCGCUAUGCGACUUGUAUCUGAGAUGAUGAUACUAUGUGGGGAAGCUAUAGCCACAUUUGGUUCAGCUAACAAGAUUCCUUUACCAUACAGAGGACAACCCCAGUCCAAAAUUGACACGUCAGCAUUUAAUCAUCUUCCGGAAGGUCCAGUCCGAAGCUCUGCUAUUGUAAAACUUAUGCGUGCUGCUGAAAUGGAUUACAGAAAAGCUAUACGCCAUGGUAUUCUUGGGAUUCCUGGUUAUGUUCAGUUUACAUCUCCCAUUCGCAGAUAUAUGGACCUCCUUGCUCAUUACCAGGUGAAGGCUUUUCUUAAAGGCGAUGUUCUUCCGUUUACAUCUGGGCAAAUGGAAGGAAUGGCUGCAUCUGUGAACAUGAAUGCUAGGAUAGCAAAGAAGCUAUUUAGUAGCAGCUUACGGUAUUGGAUAUUAGAAUAUUUGAGAAGGCAACCAAAACAGAGAAAAUUCCGCGCGUUGAUCCUUAAAUUCCUCAAAGACCGCAAUGCGUCGUUACUACUUUUGGAGGUUGGAUUUCAAGCAACUGCAUGGGUGUCAGUCGGAUCACAUGUCGGCGAUGAAGUGGAGGUUCGGGUUGAAGAAGCUCACCCGCGCGAUGACAUCAUAUCAUUCAAAGAAGUUGUACAAGUUACAUGAAUCUAUUGGGGAUACUAUUGCAAUAUAUAGUAGCUACUCGAUCAAUUGCAUGUUUAAAAACCACAUUUUGGAGUAAAAAACAACCUAAAGCAGUUGUUUUUGCAGUUUUGACCUGUAAACAAUUAAGAGGUGGUUCUACUGGCCUGGGGCCCAAGUCCGACACCGAAGAUUAGUGGUUGAAUCACAGGUAAUACAUUCUAGAAAUUUCCUUGAAGAUACGAUUCAACUUAUCGAUUUGUAUAUGGCAAAAUGUAGAUCCGGAAAUAGAUUUCUAUGAAUAUUGAUAUGAACAAGUAAUGGUAUUCCAGAUUCCUUUUGUAACAGAGAACUUUCAUGGAAGGAGUUUCUGUAGAACUUGUUUA